UUUCGGUGAUUAAUUUAGUGAUUUUAUUUCAAUUGAUUUUUUAAGUGAUUCAACUGUACAUUUAUUUUUGAUGGAUAAUCAUAUUAUUACAUUAUUAUUAUACAUUGGAUACCAUCUGAUUGUAGGCGAUCAAAUAGUGAAAUCAACUGGUUAAAGUUAACGCUUUUAUUGACGCUACCAAAUCAAUCUUCCUUAUUUUGCUAUUGAGAAAUAAACCCAAUGAUAAUGGUAUAUCGGUUACUUGGUUUUAAUGGUCGAUUUAAUGAUAAAGCGGUCAGAUUGGUCCUUCAAUGGAAUCCUCUUAAUUUGGUUUUAGUUGAUCAACAAAAUGAUCUGAAGCGUUAAAUUAAACCGUCAAAUAACGAAAAUAUUUUCCAGGUUCCUUUUGCUCUUUGCUAUCAAAUGGCUGUACAGGUGUUUUGAUAACUUGUGAUCAUCUUGCUUGUCGAAAUGGUGUUCCUGGGUUCGAAUUGGUUACUGGUUAUGCUUAUACAACUUCAUCAGAUUUAAUGAGACUUAUUCCUGGUUCCUUGGAGCUUACUCAAUGUUUAACUUAUUGCCAAUUAAAUAACUCAUGUAAAGCGAUCAACUAUGAAACAGGAUUAUGUGUACUACUCUCGACUGGAGCAACACAAAGGCCUGAAGCUCUAAAGCCAGCUCAAUUUCCAGUUUUCACUAUCUAUGCUGAAAAAGUUUGCCUACAAAGAUAUGCGAUUAAUAAAUGUAACAAGGCUUGGGUCUAUGAAAGAGUAAUUGGCUAUAAAUUGAAAAGUGAAGCUCGUAGGAUUGGAAGUGCUUCAACCAGGGAAAAAUGCAUUGAAUCUUGUCUUCGGGAAACUGAUUUUGAGUGUAAAGCAGUCAAUUACAAUACAGUUUCUGGUGACUGUUACUUACUCGAUCAUGACCGUCACUCUGUCUCAACCCUUUUACUUGAUGAUGUUGAAAGCGGACUUCAAACGGAUCCCAAUUUUGAUUAUCUUGAGAAUAAUUGUAUUCCAGGACAAGGAAAAGUUUGUGAAUUCAAGAAAAUCAACGGACUCAUCCUGAAAACGGUGGAUUCGAUGUAUCCUGAUGUUACUUCGGUUGAAGAUUGUAAACGUAAAUGCUUAGAAUCACCUUAUCGUUGCCACUCAUUUGAUUUUGGCGAUGGAUCUAAUAAAGUCUGUCGAACUAGUCAUCUUAAUCAAGCUUCUUCUGUGCAUAUUCAAGAUCCUUACCUAGAAGUUGCUAAUGGAGCAACUUAUGAACUUGAUAAUUGUUAUAAUGUGAGUUUACAUUGCGGUGCUCGGGAAAUGAAAGUCAAGAUUAAGAUGAAUCGACCUUUUACUGGAAAAAUUUACGCUACGUCAAAACCUAAUUCCUGUUACAAUUUAAUUAAACGUCAAUAUGAUUUUGAUAUAGCAAUGCCUUAUAAUGAUAUCAAUUGUGGAAUAAUGCAAUCGGCUUCUGGUCUUUACAGUAAUAAUAUUGUCAUCCAACACCAUGAAUUAAUUGUUACUAGUAAUGAUAUUGGACUUUCCAUUAAUUGCCAAUACGAUUUAUCAAAUAAAAAGGUGGUGCACAACAUUCAACUACAAGACAUGGGUGACAAUUUGAAUGAAUACAUGUCUGAAAAGGAAAGUUUAAGACCACCUAUCCAAGAAGCAACGGUCACUUCUCCCACAGUUACUAUGAGAAUAACUGAUCGAGAUGGAAAUGAUAUUAAAUCAGCUGAAGUUGGAGAUCAAUUAUCUUUGAGAUUUGAGAUACCAGAUGAUACUAGUCCAUAUGAGAUAUUUGUACGUGAAGUUAUUGCUGAUGACGGUGUUGAUGCAUCUGAGUUCACUUUGAUUGACGAAAAAGGAUGUCCAUCAGACAUUUCAAUAAUGUCAGGAGUACGCCGAAUAAAAGGAUCAUCAAAAUCAGUUGAAGCACCAUUUGAAGCAUUUAAAUUCCCAACCUCCGGAAUCGUUCAAUUCCGGGCUCUUGUUGUUCCAUGUCUUCCAAGCUGUGAACCUGUUCAUUGUGCAACAACCGGAUUUGAUGGUACUCGGCGAAAAAUAACCUCUUUAGGCCGACGAAAGAGGAGUUCAUCCAUCUUAGGUUCUGGAUCAAGUUCAAAUACUAGCGAUUCCGAGUUGAUAGUGAUUCAAACCAUUGAGAUAGUUGAUAAAUUUCCUCACAAAAAUGGACGAGGAAACGAGAAUAAUGAAGAUGAAAGAGUUAAAUUGUCAACUUAUCCAAAUAAUUCAUCUUUGGACGAGUCAAAUGAUAAAACUAACAGCAAAAAUAAUAAUUAUAAAAACCUUAAUGAUAAUAGAGUUGGAAAAAAUAAACACUCUUCUAGUCACUGGCUAUACGAUUCUGAUGCUUACACCCGAAGUUCCGGUAAACAGGAUGGUUUUGAAACUUGCGUCGACAUUAAUAGCUUAGUAGUCAUAUGUUUCAUCUUUUUAACCAUUCAGUUUGUGAUAAUUUCAACAUGGGGCUACAUCAAGUAUCGAAAUAACAAAUUUGAAAACCGAGAUCAAUCAAAACACAAAAUACCAACAGCACCGUUUAAAUUGUCCUACAAAAGGCCGGUCAAUGCAUCAUUUUUCUCAAUAGACGACAUCAAUGUUCUUGCCUGACCAAUCUAUUAAACGGAAUGAAAAUUAAAUUCAAAAUACCAGAUACAUGAUCUAAUAACGCUGUUAUCAUGCGAUUCUUAUGCUUUACUUAAAACCAAACAUGUUCCUCUCUCAUCAAUAAAUUCAUGUACAUUAUUUAUUAAAUCAUCAUUCAUUAAAUUUUAAUAUAAUCAAUAAAGUAACAAUUUGUAUCA